AGAUCAACAACAACAUAACCUCUAAAGCACACAAGGCAGACGACCUCUGAACUGUGUGUCAUCAACAGUAUAUUUAUGCGUCGAUUUUUGUAUCUAAGUUGUAACAGAAAAGCAAAUUUAUUCAAGUUAUAGAGUGCCUUGCAUUUUGUCAAGCAUAACCAUGAGCUGGCCAGUAAUGACACUUCGCCGGAAAGUGUAUCGGGCAAAUCAGAUAUACCAUGUGGACCGUUGGUGCUUGAUUUGUGGGCAGGAAGUCAGACAUCGAUUUAGUGCCCCAAAUGAUACUUCAAGCGGUUUUGAAUGGGAGCUGGUCAUAGCGGUCAGCCAAUCUAAAUGGAAUGGGGACGAUGAUCCCCGAAUGGACAUUUCACUUAAACCUAAACCGAAACAGGGUCCGGGGCAAGGGCAGAACAAAGCGAGGCUGUAUGCAGAGGUUACCUUCACAGUAGAUGAGCACCGUAAAAAUGAUACAGCCCCAAAGCGAUACACAGUAUUAAAGUUUAACAUGGCUCGAGUUGAAGAAGAAGGGUAUUCAGAAGUUUUACGAGGAGGGUCUGAAGGAACAGGAAUGCCAAUCAAACCAUGUUUGUCAAAAGUCGUUGUCUCCAUAAAAUUGAUUUAUCUUGACGGACCACUGGAAGUGAUUACUGUCAAUGAACCAAAGCCUAACCCAGAGGAUAUUCCGCAAAGGCUUGGGAAACUUCUUGAAUCUGGCAGACUAAGUGAUGUCAUUUUUGAAGUGGAAGGCAAGGAGAUCAAGGCACACCGAGCCAUCAUCGCAGCUAUGAGUGAAACUUUCUCAGCAAUGUUUGAGCAUGAUCUUGCAGAGAAGAAGACGGGGAGAGUUGUCAUCACUGAUUGUGAAUUUAUCGUCUUCCAAGCAAUGUUGACGUACAUCUACACGGGCGGCGAGCCCACAUGGAACAAGUGCGCGGACUUCCCCCUGCAGCUGCUCCUGGUGGCGGACAAGUACGGCCUGAUCGAGCUGCGCUCCAUGUGCCUGGCGCGCCUGCUGCGCUCCCUCACCCCCGCCAACGCCCUCACCACCUACCUCACCUUCCAAAACCUCAACCUGCCCAUGGGGGUCGACUUCACCUUCUCGUACCUCCGCGAGAACAAGAACGCCGUCCUGGCCUCCAGCGCGUGGAGGGACAUCCUGGAGAACGAUCCCCGGAAGGCGGCCGACAUCCUCAUGCGGGUGGUGAGCCAGCCGGACACCAUGGACGUCAACCUGCCCUCGCUCCUGCCCGCCACCACGGGAGAACACGAGGAGAACACCAAGCGGCAGCGGCAGAAGUGAUUCCCCUCCCCUCCCCCUCCCAGCUCCGCCCCGCGCCGCCCCGCACCUCACCGCACCGCCCUGCAUGACUUAAUCUCCAUUCUCACCUCCAUCUUGUCAUCCAUCUCAUUACCAUCUCAUCCCCAGCCAAGUGUGCAUUUAUCAUCUGCCACCAUCAACUUCACUUUUUACUUCUUACAUAUUGGGAAACAAACUAGUCGUUUCAUAAGUAAAUGAGAGCCACAGGCUGAGAUUUGUGUGGUAAUAUAUACCAUUAGUGAUUUAGUACUAAAGCUUAGUCAAUUUGCCUUUUACUGUUACAGAAAGAGACAAAUUUAUUGUGAUUAAAAAUUUAUACGAAGGAAAACUAUGUUUACAGGGUUGACUGCAAUAUUUAGUGUGUAUUAAUUAUUUUUUACUUAUACUGAUUUAAAUGAUAGUUUCCAUUUGACACCUCAGCUAAUGUUAGUUAUAGAAAUAAGGAAAAAUACCGUAAGAUAAUUAAUUUGCAUAAUAUUAACAGUGUACCUUAAGAAAUUGUGCCUGUACUCUCUCAUACAUUUUAAUGUGAUGCGUAUUGAAUGAAUUUAAAUGAAUUUGAAUGAAUUUUAUCUAAAUGGUUGUGAACAUAAGACAUAUGUUUUCUACAGGUUACCCCAUUUUUUUAAACCAUUGCCGUAUGUAUUUUUGAAAUUACAUAAACUUUUUUCUAUUUUCA